AUUGAAAUACCUUGGAACACAAGCUCGGACAUAUCACUAGUGGUUUAUUCAUCGAUCGAAGCAUCUAUUCGCGGUCAGCGAACGGUUGAUUCACGUCCUUCUCUGUUACUGAAGAGGCACGAGCGUAUCUAACAAAAAUGAUUCGAUGCUUCGAAUAAUCGUACUCGUGAUAAAAUUCGUUGAGAGCAGACGCCUUUUGAUGACGCAGGCGUCAAUGAUUUCCUCAACCAUCUUUCUACGUAACUACUACGUCACGAUCACGAAUACUCGAAGCAGGAACUAUGGGUGUACCAGCAGGUGAUCCAGAAAAGGGAAAGAAGCUCUUCGUACAGAAAUGUUCACAAUGUCACACGAUAGAAGCUGGUGGCAAACAUAAAGUGGGUCCUAAUUUACACGGUCUGAUCGGUAGGAAAACUGGCCAAGCGCCCGGUUAUGCGUACACGGAUGCUAACAAGGCUAAAGGCAUCACUUGGAACAAGGAUACGUUGUUCGAAUAUUUGGAAAAUCCAAAGAAAUACAUUCCCGGCACGAAAAUGGUGUUCGCCGGUUUGAAGAAAGCACAAGAGCGUGGAGAUUUAAUAGCUUAUUUAGAACAAGCAUCGAAGUAAAGUCGCUGUGCGAUAUCGAAGGUGGUGAAGCAGCACGAAUUCUCAUGCGGGUUGAAUGUCACGCAAGAUAUCUUAGUACGAUUAUCAUCUUCAUUCUUGCGUACGUUUAUCUCACAUUUCAUCAAAACUCAUUUUAAAUGACUCUCCUCCUUCUGCCACUAAAAAAAAAAAAAAAAAGAAAGAAAGAAAGAAAAAGAAAAGCGUUUUCUCGAUAUUCAGAUAGUGACGAAUUGUUAUUAUUGUUAAUAAGUAGGUAUACAGUGUUGUAACUAUGUACAUUGACAAAGAGGCUUGGCUAGUACUUGCCCCAUUUCUUCAUCUACGAAGAUAUUCCGGUGUUCGUGUCACGAAUGGCUGAGCCAUUAGAUAAUCCUACACCGUAAUUAUUUAUUAUCAUUGUACCGAUCGAAUCAUUCGACUAACGUUUGUCUUCUCUGUACAACGUACCACCGUCAGAAUACAGAUUCGAUGAUAAAUUCGUAA